CAUCAACUGACAGUCACUCAAAUUGAAUGGAGUCCAGAUGGUAAAUUACUUUUGAGCGUAAGCAGAGAUCGAAAAGCGAUGCUGUACAGAGAACGGAACGGAGAUGUCAAUGGUUUUUCUUACGAGAAGAUUUGGUCCUCUGGAAAAGAACAUUCGAGAAUCAUAUGGUCAUGUGAUUGGUUCGGCGAUUCUCAGCACUUUGUCACAGCCUCCAGAGAUAUGCAGGUUAUUCUUUGGCAGUGCACCGAUACGGCUGCCAUUAUGUUGAGCAGGUACAAAUGUCCUCACCCAGUUACAAGUGUAGCUGCAAGUGACUCGGUAAUUGUGGCUGGACUGCAAGACGGCUCCCUUUUCUUUCUCUCGAUUAACGAGCAACAGCAAUUUGACCUUAUACAUAAACUUUUCGUUCCAUCAAUAGCUGUGGAACAACCAGUGCUGCGAUUGCGGUUCAACCCUGUGGAUCGCAACGUCUUAGCAGUUGCAGGAAGUGACGGGAAACUGCGGAUAUUACACUUGAAAGUCACUAAUAAAGCCCUCAAUGGGGGAACUACUAAAGGAAUUACAAUCUAA